AUGGCUCCCAAGGUCUCAGCCAAAGCCGCGUCCAAGAUGGCACCAGGCAAAGAGAAGCAGGAAUUUGUGCAUCCAGUGGCCAAGCAUGCCAGGAAGAAGGCAAUCAAGAACGCCUUCGCCAUUGAGCCCAUCUCAGCCUUCUAUAUCUUUCUGGCCGCCAACAUCAUCGCCGCCCUCUUCGCCCCAAUCCAGGACUGCGACGAGACCUUCAACUACUGGGAGCCCACUCACUAUCUCAGCCAUAACUACGGUUUGCAGACCUGGGAGUACUCACCCGACUAUGCCAUCCGCAGCUGGCUAUACAUUGCCAUCCACGCCAUCGGCGCCAAUGUCCGCCGCCUGCUACCGCACUCGUCUAAGGCGGCCGAGUUCUACUUUCUUCGCUACCUUCUCGCCCUUGCUUGCGCCCUCUGCCAGACCCUGAUGUGGCGUGCUGUGUGUCUGGCCUUGAACCCGCGUGUCGGUCUCUUCUUCAUAUUGGCCCUUGUCUUCAGCCCGGGCAACUUCCACGCCAGCACCGCCUACCUCCCCUCCAGUUUUGCCAUGUACAUGGCCAUGGUCGGCGCUGCUGCCUUCAUGAACUGGCGGGGAGGAAUCAAGACGUCGCAGGGCAUGUUCUGGUUUGCCCUGGGCGGCGUCCUCGGCUGGCCCUUUGCCAUGGCACUGUGUGCCCCUUUCGUCUUUGAAGAGGCUUUCUUCGCCAUGUUGAGCGAUAAGGAGCGCUUCUUCGAGUCGUGCAUCAGGCUCGCGCGCGGCGUCGUCGCGGCGCUACUUCUGGUGGUCCUCGACACUGCGGUCAACACAUUUUUCUACAAGAAGGUCGAGAUUGUCACGUGGAACAUCAUCAAGUAUAACCUCUUUUCCGAGACGGGCGGCCCCAACCUUUACGGCACGGAGCCCUGGACCUUCUACUUCAAAAACCUCCUCCUCAACUUCAACCUCUGGUUCAUCCUCGCCCUCCUGUCCCUUCCGCUCUUCUUCCUUCAAAAGCUCUUCUUGCACCGCAACGCGCGCGAGUCCUUCCAGUCGGGCCUGCGUACCCUCGUCUUCCUUUUGCCCUUCUACCUCUGGCUCGGAAUCUUCACCCUCCAGCCGCACAAGGAAGAGCGCUUCAUGUACCCGGCGUACCCCUUCCUCGCGCUCGACGCUGCCCUGGCCCUGCACACGCUGCUCGCCUUGAUCGGCAACGCCGACCCCAAGACGUCGCUCGUCGGCCGCAUCCCCGCCAAGGCCAAGCUCGCCGUGGUCGCUCUGGGCCUCGUCGCCUCGGUCAACGUCAGCCUGGCCCGCAUAUACGGCCUGUACGCAGCCUACCACGCCCCGCUGGCCCUCUACGCGCCGCUCGCCGAGAGCGUGGGCGGGCCAGGUGACACGGUCUGCUUCGGCAAGGACUGGUACCGGUUCCCGUCGUCCUUCUUCUUGCCGCGCGACAUGCACGCCAAGUUUGUCCGCUCCGAGUUCAGGGGCCUGUUGCCCGGGGAGUUCUCCGAGGCAAGGACCGGGUUCGGGUUCUGGAGCGGCACCUGGCUGCCUACCAUUGGGCUGAAUGACCGCAACGAGGAGGACCCGGGCAAGUAUGUCGAUUUGAGGAGCUGUGUAUUUCUGGUGGAUACCCAGUUUCCCGAGCGGGCGGAUGUGGAGGGCGCGCUGUCGCCCCGCGAGCCCGACUAUGCCAAGGAUGUGGGCAGGUGGGAGGAGGUCAAGUGUCUGCCGUUUUUGGAUGCUGAGCGGACGCCGUUCCUGGCGAGGGCGCUGUGGCUGCCGGAUUGGGACGUUGUGCCGGAGCGGCUGCGGAGGAAAUGGGGGAGGCAUUGUCUGUUGCGGCAGAGGAAGUAA